CGCGACGGGCGACAAGCCAACAUUGUGGCUCCUGAAGGUUGCUACAGCAAAUGGCAAGUCGUGUACAGUGGGAGCCAUAAUGGCGGCUUCAGACUUUCAGUUUCCUACCUCUCAGUUCCCUUAAUACAUCCAUGCUCAGUGAACUGAACUUUAACCGUUGCCCCGCCCACUCAGUUGACACGCGUGUUGCCUGUUUGCAAGCAUGGCUUCUUCUGCUAAGAGGAGAGCAGUAGGUUUGGGGGAAAAUCCUGAGGAAAGUGACAACAGCUCCGAUGAGAAUCCGGAGAAGGAUGAUGAUUCCGGGGAGGAGGACAGCGAGGAUUCAGAGGAGGAGAUUAAUGAGGAGGUCAUGGUUGAUUUCGAAGCCCACACCAUUUCAGUCAACGACUUCAAUGGCGUCAAGAAACUCUUACAGCAGCUCUUCCUAAAGGCUCAUGUAAAUACAUCAGAGAUGACCGACCUCAUCAUUCAACAGAAUCAUGUUGGAAGUGUCAUCAAGCAAGCUGAGGUGCCAGAAGACAGCGAUGAUGACGACCCAGAUGAAGUUUUUGGCUUCAUCUCUAUGCUCAACCUCACAGAGAGAAAGGAUGUGCAAUGUGUAGAGGAAGUAAAGGAUCUGAUCAUGGAUCAGUGUGAGAAGAAUGCUACCCACAGUGUGACGGAGCAGCUAGAGCAGAUCUUCAAUGACACCAGCAAGCCCGUGGGGCUACUGCUGAGUGAGCGCUUCAUCAACGUACCCCCACAGAUCGCCCUCCCACUGCACACACAACUCCAGGAAGAAAUAGCUGAAGCUCAGAGGACAAAUAAGCCCAGUGGGAGGUGUCACUAUUGUCUGAUGAUCAGCAAGACCUGCAAAGAGGCAAGCAAGAGCAUUCCAGCCAGAGGAGGAGCUCCCAAAGACGAAUACAUGUUUAUCAAUGCAGAGGAGGAAUUUUUCUAUGAGCAAGCCACCAUGAAGUUCCACUACUCCGUCCAGGAAGAGGCAGACUCCUGUUUGAGUGGCAGGUGGUCGUUUGACGAUGUACCCAUGAAGCCUUUCAGGACAGUGAUGCUGAUACCAGCAGACAGAAUGCCUGCUAUCAUGGCCAAACUCAAAGAAUACCUAACUGUGUGAACUCUACAAUAAAUUUAAGACAUCCACACUGAA